GCUCCGCCGGAGCGGGCGGGGCCCUCACCUGCCCGCCCCGCCGCGGCCGAGGGAGGCGGGCGGCCCUCCGCGGCGCCGGGCCGGAGGUGGAGGCGAUGGCGGCCGCCGACCCGCCGGGGGCCGGGGACCUCUCGCAGCUGGCGGAAAAUCUGCUGCAUCAGCUGCAGGAGAAUUUUCAAGCUCUAACUGAAAAGAUAACGCUGAGAAUGGAAGAAAUGGGCGAGCGCAUUGAUGACCUUGAGAAGCAUGUUGCUGACCUGAUGACAGAGGCUGGGAUAGAAAACACCGAUGAAGAGCUGAGACACUGAAAUGAGGAUGUGAUCAAGGAAGGGAAGACAGCACCCCACUGAAUCUGGGGGUUUGUUUACCCUCAGUGUUGCUAGUCAUAGAAAGCGCCAGUGAAAACAAACAUGCUUGCGUCAUGUCACAAUAGAAUCUCAAUAUUUUUUUUUUUUGACAAAAGUAAAAAGCUGGGUUUAUUCAUCUAAAUGGGUCACUGUAUUUCCUGUAAUUAGGAAAGAACUAUUAUUUUCCGGGGAGGCAAACCCACUUUUUUGGAGAGAAAACUAUAUCCUAUAUAGUGAACUUAUCCAGUCACAAACUUUUUCAAUGUAUGAAAAUGUAUUUCAUUUAUUUUAAUAUUAAAAUUUUCAUAUUUC